GCCAAUGACCGUCCAGCCGGUUUGGCGGUGGUAUACGUUAUAGGAGUAGAACGUGAGCCCGAGACGCCACAGUCGUAUCCGUGACGGCGAAGAGGAAUAUUCAAUUGCAAAUUCAACAUCUACGCAUGAGAUUAUAAUGAAGUUCAAGUUUGCUUUUCCAGUCCUUUGUACCUUGGGUUUCCUGGCAUCAGUGAGUCAUGGAAUGCCCGGAAUAAAACAGAGAGCUUCAGGAAAUCCACUGGAAGAAAAUGAUGUUUUCAUCCCUUAUCAGGGGGAGCGACUUAAUGCAUUUGAUUGGAAUUUAUGGAAGUUGAUGGCACAAAAAUACAAGGGGAAUAUCCUAAUAUCUCCAUUAUCCCUGAAAGUUGCGUUAGUUUUGCUGUGGGAAGGUGCUCAAGAACAAACUGCCCAGGAAUUGGCGGCAACACUUCAACUUCCAAGUGGACGUUGGGCCCCCAGAGAUCAGUUCUCUCUUAUUCUACGAUCACUUCAACCACUUGAUGGGGAAUUCCACCUCAAAUUGGGGACGAGGAUUUACCUGGAUGAUUCUGUUUCACUAAAAGAGACUUACACAUCUGUAAUAAAAACAUUCUACUCGACAGACAUCGUCCCUUGUAAUUUCACAGACGUAAUUGCAGUUACUGAGGGCAUUAAUUCGUGGGCGAAAAAUCUAACCGAUGGGCGCAUUGAAAAAAUUAUUGAGGAUGAAGACAGUUUAAAGCAUUCCGUUAUGCUCGUGAUGAACAUCCUCUUCUUCAAGGGUCUCUGGUUGAACAAUAAAUUCGCCGCUCAUGAAACUAAGCUGGAAAAAUUCUACGAGUCCCCAGGGAAAAGCAUCGACGUUCCUUUCAUGACUGCUGUUGGACAAUUUUAUUACGUGGAAUCAGCAGACCUCGAUGCGAAAAUCCUACGAAUCCCUUACAGCGGUCGAAAAAUAGCGAUGUACAUUGUUCUGCCAAGGACUCAGGAUGGUCUUGACACUUUGAUCAGAAACAUCAAUCCAUAUAUUUUAACAAGACACUUGUGGACAAUGCAGAGCCUGCCAGUGGAAAUCAAACUCCCAAAAUUCAAAUUUGAUUACACAAGCCACAUGGAACCAGUUCUACGUGAGAUGGGAAUUAAGGACAUCUUCGCAAAUACUGCGACGUUGACAGGCAUUGCUAAUACCAAGAGAGGAGCUGUCGAGUUACUGGUAUCGGAAAUAGUGCAAAAGGCUGGAAUCGAAGUUAAUGAAGAAGGAACAAGUGCUUAUGUAGCUACAGAGAUCAGUCUAGGAAACAAAGUCGCUGACCAAGAGUUUAUCGCGAACCAUCCCUUCCUUUUUUACAUCGAGGAUGAAAUAACAGGAACAAUACUUUACAUGGGUCGAAUGGAGAAUCCAUUACAGACCACCGGAAAUACGGAAACAUCUGACACACAAACGCGAAUUCAUUUAUCAGACGAGAUGUUCGUUCAACACCAGCAACCAGCUUAUCCUGUUGGCAGCAGCAGUUCCCAGAGUUCUAAUUAUUUCAAUGUCGAACUUCUGAAGGCUGUCGGCGAAGGCAAUUCCGAGAACAUAAUCGUUUCUCCAUUGAGUGUGAAAUCAGCAUUAACUAUAUUGACAGAGGGAACCGGCGGAAAGACGAGGGACGAGCUUCUGGCAGCUCUGAGACUACCCUCGGAUCCAACAGUUGUUCGUGCUAUUUCGAAGGACAGUCUCGCUCUACUCCAGGAUAGCAGACUUGGCUCGGAAAUUCAUUUAGCAAAUCGUCUGUGGAUUGGACGAGGGACUUACGUAUCUGGGGAUUACAAUAAUUUACUCCGUACUCAUUAUGGUGGAGAUGUACAAAUGAUUGAUUUCAAUGAUGUCAUGGGUGCCUCGACAUCUAUUAACGAUUGGGUUCGUCAAAUAACAAGAAAUAUGAUUCCAUCAAUCGUCGAUAAUGAGCUACUGAGUGCGGAAACCCACUUACUCCUGACGUCUGUAAUUUACUUCAACGGUCGCUGGCUGAAAUCCUUUGAUGCUGAUUCAACCAGAACGCGCUGCUUCCACGUAUCGGAGACCGAAUGUCAAGAAGUUUCCAUGAUGGAAAAUGUUUCAAAGUACAAAUUUGCGUAUGUUCCUAGUCUAGAUGCUCAGGUCGUGGAAAUUCCAUACGCAGAUGGGAGACUGUCGAUGCUCGCUAUUUUGCCUACCAAGAAAGGUCUCCAGAAUCUCCAAAAUCUUUGCAAAGAUCUUGCGAAGACUUCGGUGUCGGCCAUCAUGUCGAAUCUUUUGGAGACAGAGAUUAUUCUUCAAAUACCGAAAUUCAGUAUUGAGAGUAGAAUUGACUUACGACCUGCACUCGAGUCUUUAGGAAUCAAGGAUAUUUUUGGAUCUCAUGCCAAUAUAACAGGAAUUUUAUCCGGAAGCUCCUCCCAAGUCGGGAGUGUCCUUCAUAAUGCUAGGAUUGAGGUGGAUGAGGCUGGGACGAUUGCCGCCGCAGCUACAGCAAUUUCAGUGGUGCCUUUGAUGGGUUCAAGCCUCGACGCAUUUAGAGCAGAUCGUCCCUUCGUCUUCGCAAUUGUAGAUCAGUCAACAGAGAGUAUGAUUUUCGCCGGUCGGAUUAUCCGCCCCACUCCAGCCUAGUCUUCAUAAUUUCUUCAUUACAUCACUGCAACAAAGUGAUAAGCUUUAACAUCGUCCACCGAGAAUUGUUUUUUCAUUUCAGCGAAAAACUGAGAAAGGUGAAUAAUGUUUAAGAGGAAAACAAGAACUGAAGGUACCUUAUUCAAUUGUAACAUUUUUACACUCGAGUACAUUAAGUUAAAUGUCUGGUACUAAAUUAUCUUUGAAGUUCUCGCAUUCUGAGGUGGAAAAUAACCGUUGGUGUGACAUAUGCAUUCGUGAUUAGAACACUAAUUACAGUUAUUGGGGAUAAAAGUAGUAAUUUUGCCAUAUGGUAGAUAAUACGACGACGAAUCGUGAUUCUUUUUUCACAAAAUUACAUAUCUUUCGUUAUGCGAAUGCUAUAAAUUUCGGUUGAAAAAUGCAAAUGUGACAAAAUAUGUGAAAAAUGAAAAUGCAAAAAUAUAUGUAUAUAGAUAAAAAAUA